CUUCUCAGAUCAUAUGGGAAACAUUUAUGUCAAGAAAACGCUUAUACACAGUUUCUGAGUUGCAAAAGGGCAAGCUGUAGUAAUGGUAUUGCAAAUUUAACUCGUGAAAUUGCUGAAAGUGGCUGCCUUCAGCUUUAACUCAGACUAUGAAGAACGAUAACGUACAAAAUCAGAGGAGAUUGGAUACUUCGUCUUCGUCCUAUUGGCGUCCAUCAAAUUGGUGACUUCUGAACUUGCAUGUAGGAACCCAAGCUUUUGACAAGAUUAUCUCCAUUUUGGGGUCAAAGAUGAAAGAUUGAAGACAUAGUGGGGCUGAGGUUGUAAUUUUGUCUUCAGGACGACUGGACGAGGGACCAAAAGUCGAAAUCAGGGAUUUUGGAGGGUUCACUCCCUUUUUAUAUAUAUAUAUAUAUAUUGGGGGAGGGGGGAACACGCAUACAAAAGGACCAAUCUUCGUCCUAUCUCACAUUGAUCUGCAAAGUACAGGGGGAGCAAUGGAAGGAAUGAUGCAGAACCAAGUUCAGCAGCCGCAACAGCUACAGCAGCCUCAGCCAGCAGCGGAGAGGCUAAACCAGGCGGUGCAGCAGCAGCUCAAUCUGGAACAAGUUAAGACCCGCGCCAUCAGCCUCUUCAAAGCAAUCUCUCGGAUUCUUGAAGAUUUCGAUGCCUACGCUCGCACCAAUACGAACCCCAAAUGGCAAGAUAUUUUGGGGCAAUAUUCCAUGGUGAACCUUGAGCUUUUCAAUAUCGUUGAUGAAAUGAAGAAGGUAUCUAAGGCAUUUGUUGUACAUCCGAAGAAUGUUAAAGCUGAAAAUGCUACAAUACUGCCUGUUAUGCUUUCCUCUAAACUUCUGCCUGAAAUGGAGAUUGAUGACAACUCCAAAAGAGAGCAAUUGCUUCAGGGGAUGCAAAACCUGCCAGUAACAACUCAAAUUGAGAGAUUGAAGGCAAGAAUUGAUAUGAUAGCAGCAGCCUGUGAAGGUGCUGAAAAAGUUUUAGCUGAUACUCGUAAAGCCUAUUGUUUUGGAACUCGUCAAGGCCCUGCUAUUGCCCCAACUUUGGACAAGGGACAGGCUGCAAAAAUUCAAGAACAAGAAAAUCUACUUCGAGCUGCUGUAAAUGCUGGUGAAGGAUUGCGUUUAUCUGGAGAUCAGAGGCAUAUUACUCCUGCACUUCCAAUGCAUUUGGCAGACGUCCUUGCUGUCCAAGAGGCUCCACAACCUAUGGCUGAUGCAUCCGGUAUGUAUAUGAAGAAUACCCCGCUCUCAUCAAACAAUAUGGUUGGCCAGAAUUCCUUAUUACAGGGCCCAGGAGCACAACUUAUGGGAAGACCAGCCGCUUCUCCAUCUGCUGCAACUAGCACCCCUUCUUUUGACAACACAACAGCAUCACCAAUGCCAUAUGCCAAUUCACCUAGGUCUUCUACAAAUAUUAUGAACACACCAUCUCCUCAGCAACAAACCCCUCAGCAGCAGCAGCAGCAACCACAGACUCAGCAGCAACAGCGGCAGAAACAGAUGUCAUUACCGCAACAUCAACAGCAGCAAUUCCUUGCUCAGCAACAGUUUAGGCAAUCUGCAAUGCAAGGAAUGGGGCAGAUGCAUGGACAGCAUCAGAUGCAGUUUUCUCAAUCACUUGGGCACCAGCAAUUUCAGGGUAGGCAACUGUCUUCAGCUCAUGUUCAGCAUGGCAUUGGUCAAAGCCAACUCAACCAAGGAAAUCAGAUGAAUCGCUUGAGCCAGUUCUCAGGUCCUGCUAAUAGUGCAUUAUUCAGUGCUGCUCAGGCAACACCCAAUACCCAAAUGAUUCCAAACAUUUCUGGGGCAAUGGCUUCACAGUCUCUUAUACCGCGGGUGCAGUUCGGAUUAUCUGGAAACAACCCUCAGCGGAGUCAUCCUUCCCAAAUGUUGAGUGAUCAAAUGUUUAAUAUGGGAGGCGGUAAUCCGGGUGGCAUGAUGCCCUUACAGCAGCAGCAGGCCCAGCAGCAGCAGCAGCAUGGUUCACAAGGCGCAUUUGGUAACAUGGCAACAAAUACUCAGAAUCUACAACCUGGUAUGGUGGCACUUCCGAACACGUCACAGACUCAUCCUAAUUUCUCUCAACAGAGACAGCAAAAUCCACAGUGAUGCAAUGUGAUUAUGUAGAUGUUUUACAAAUAUUGUUAACAUAUAUUAGAAUCUAGAAACCAGUUGCUAUGAACAUAUAAACGGCUGCCCGUUUCAGUUAUAAAUAUUAUAUUUUUAUGGGAAAAGUUAUGAUUCAAUAUUUCUGUUGAUUGAA